AUGGAAACCGCCACCGAGACCGAGACUGCGCAAGAGACUGAGACUAGUCUAUCAAUGCCAUCUGAAGUCGUCCUAUCCAUUGAGGCAGCGCCACCUCACCCCUCUUCUAUCAAACACCUCGAGACUCUCCACGCAGCUCUGGCCGAACAGAUCGAAAAUGAAAAUUUUGCGAAGAGAUACGCCAAACUUCUCGAAAGUGAGCGUCUGUUGAAGGAAACAGUCGCAAGUUUGGAAGGUGACAUGAUGGGAUUGCGUCUGAAGAUCGAGGAACUUGAAGCAGCAGAGAACAGGAAACAGGGAAAUGAGAAAGCUAUACAGACUGAUCCAGAAACUUGUCAACGUCAACCCAAGAUCGACACUUUGAAAGCUGAAGUCUUGGAACUGAAGCGUAACAUGAAGACCAAGGCGAGAACGAUCCGAGCAUUGGAGCGAGAGAAAUCCCUCAAGAAACCACUGGUCCAAGUUGGCGUCGACAUCCGCAUCGGUUGCUUAGAACGGAAUAAGGAAGGGUACCUUGACGACUAUUCCGCGGAUCCAGUCUCAAUCGAGAAAAGAAACGUCGCAGCACACGAGGGAAACUGGAAAGCCGACGCUGCACUCAUAACAUUAGGCUACCUCACUGAAGAGUCUCUAAACCAAGGAGAUUCAUCCAAGAUGUCUUGGAACAACGUCUAUAUUUCAAACCAUGCGCUCCUCGCUCAGGACGUCUACGUCCCGCCGAACUGUAUCAAGGCCGUCAAUCACCAUUUCACGAUGAUGGGUGCCAAGAUGCCGGAAGGAAGAGAAGCUAAUGAGAUCAUCAAGGCUACACAGUCGACUACGAUUCGUGUUCUUAAGGAGUGGCAGAGACUGGAGGAUAAGGAUAAAGUGGAAGUUAGGAAGUCGUUUCAGCUUGAUGAGGAGAUUUUCUUCAGUGUUAUUAAACUUAGGAAUCUGAAGAACAGUGCUGUUCGGUUGGCUUGGAAGAUGAAUGAGAGGAAUAAAAGCUAA